UUUCUUCCCUUUUCUUUCUUCCUCCCUGGACUCCGACUACGGUCCUCCCACUACGACCACUUAUCUUACAUACUAAACGACCUUCUCUUCGUCCUGGAGUCGAGAUCUUUGUUGUCUCGCGUCUAAUCAAACAUUCGCUUGUUUGCUUUGGAUUUCAAUUCUCAUUAUUUAAGAACUUAAGCUUACAUUUCCCCUCCUCUUCCUCGCGCACUCGCUCUUCUGUCGCUCGAUCAACGAAAACCAACCCCUCUUAUCGCAGUCGCCUUGCCGCGUGUUCAGCCCCACGGUCGUUCUUCCGAGCGUCCAACUUCUCAUUAUACCAAUCAUCCUGUUACUUUCUCUCUCUCUAUCUCUUGACUCUUCAUUCUUUUUUAUUUUCUUUCAAGUUGUUCUUGCCCGGGGAGAGGCAAGACAAUCUCGCCAUGUCGACACCCGCGGUUCCCCUCCUCAAACCGCCCGUGCCGGGUAAUCGCAACAACAGCAAUGGUCCCCGACCCCCAAAGCUCACCUUGGGGAUUCCCCCGUCACCCAACGCUCGUCCCGUAACCGGUAACGGUAUACCGGCUCCGGCGCCCGUCCCAGCGCCCGCUCUAGCCCCCGAAGUGCCACAGCUCCAGCGCCCGUCCACCCGCCCGGCGCCCCCGCAACUGCGACUUGCGACCCCGAUGGGCAGCAGUAAGAAUAUCCAACAAGUCAAUGGUCGCCCAGCUCCCCCGCCUCUAGCCACCAGUGGGUUGAACGAACCGAACGGACACUCGCGGUCAGGUAGCUUCAACUAUUUGGAUGGAAAGGCUAGUGGCCCCGCAUCCGCUUCAUCAUCAAACUACUCGGCGUUGUCGUUCGCCAUGGGUCUUCGGCAACCACAGGGGAGCACUCCGGAUCCGUCUUCUGCCAUUAGUUCGGUUUACUCCGAUCGGGAAGGGGGUGUGCAGAUGGAGCGUGACAACAGCGUAAAUGGACUGGUUCCAGAUCUCGACAAGCUGAGCUUAGAAAAGGGCAGGCCACUGGACGUUGACGAUUUGGAUGAUGAAGGCUGGCUCGCGGCCAGUGAACAGAAGAAGAUCGUGGAGUUGGGCAGUCUGGGUGAGGGUGCAGGAGGUGCGGUCACUCGUUGCAAGCUCAAGGAAGGAAAGACCGUUUUCGCGUUGAAGAUUAUCACAACCGACCCCAACCCAGAUGUGAAGAAACAGAUUGUUCGGGAACUCAACUUCAACAAGGACUGUGCCUCAGAACAUAUCUGUCGGUAUUACGGUGCAUUCAUGGACAAGUCUACCGGCACAAUUUCGAUCGCGAUGGAGUUCUGUGAGGGGGGCAGUCUAGACAGUAUCUACAAAGAAGUAAAGAAACUAGGGGGUCGAACAGGAGAGAAAGUGCUGGGUAAGGUCGCAGAAGGCGUAUUGAACGGUUUAACGUAUCUGCACAGUAGAAAGAUUAUCCAUCGAGAUAUCAAACCGUCCAAUAUUCUCUUAUGCCGCAACGGACAGGUCAAGCUAUGUGAUUUCGGCGUUAGUGGAGAGUUCGGCACCAAGGGCGAUGCCAAUACGUUCAUCGGCACCUCCUAUUACAUGGCCCCCGAACGGAUCACUGGUCAAUCUUAUACGAUUACUUCGGACGUCUGGUCUCUGGGCGUAACGCUACUUGAAGUUGCCCAGCAUCGCUUCCCCUUCCCGGCCGAUGGAACCGAAAUGCAGCCCCGUGCUGGGUUAAUCGACCUCCUUACAUACAUCGUUCGCCAACCGAUUCCUAAGUUGAAGGAUGAGCCGGAUAACGGUAUUCGCUGGUCUGAUAGCUUCAAGUACUUUAUAGAAUGCUGCCUCGAGAAAGAGCCUCCACGAAGAGCGACUCCAUGGCGGAUGCUGGAUCAUCCUUGGAUGCUGGACAUGAAAAACAAAAAAGUCAACAUGGCGAACUUCGUGCGACAGGUGUGGGGUUGGGACAACUAGACUUUCUCCGCAGCAGCACUCAUUCCUUUGCAACAACCUCCCUCCAUGCAUCUAAUUGCUACUCUCCAUCAUAAUAUAUCGCAUCUUUACGGUCCCUUCUUACGCUUACCAGUGGCUGGCCGUUGGUUGACCAGGUUGUCAAAAGCAUACGAUUUGUGAUUAUGACGACGCUCAUUUACCGCAUUGCAACGUCUACCGUUACUGGACUCAUGGAGUUGGGAUUUAUUUUUACCUGAUCAUGCAUGUCUUUCUUUUAUUUUGCUGAUCCAUGUAUCACGGGCAGUUGUAUCCGCCCUCGUAACCUCGAUUUUGUCGCCAGCCGAGGUCUUUGCACAAAACCUGCCAGCGGUCAGCGGCGCUGACGCUUCCCGGUUUCAUCCCUUGUUUUCUUGCUGCUUCCCUUGCGACACGAAUGGGAGAAGUUGUUAUUUAGGUGUUUUGUCUUUAUUUUCAUACCAUCUCAUAUUUUCUCCGGGCCUCAUCUCUUCUUCAGCACAUACAUAUUGUAUAGGCUUGUCAUUGGUUUUGUUUUGAUUCUGUCAUCCAAGAGCAUAGCAACUGUGAGAUGGACACAAUCCUCUGUAUAUCGGCAGAUUAUAAUCCAUACAGGAAGUCGCGCAGAAUAUCAUCAACAGCAUUUUUGUCGUAACUGUUCCAUCUCAUUCAUUAGAUCCUUCGCCGAUUAUUCUAUGUGGCCAAAGUAAUCAGGCAACUAACAAGGU